AGAACCUUGAAUGCCUACAUAGAGGGAUGGUUGGUCUCCUUGUGCUAAUAAGGUUUAGACCAUGCUGAGUCCAACUUUUGUUCUGUGGGAUUUGGAAUAUCCCUUAUAUACCUAUGGCUCCAUCUUCAUUAUUAUCCUAAUUAUCUGGCUAGUGAAAAAGAAUUACCAUGGAUUAACGUUGGAACCUAAAAGGAGCUGCUGUCAGCGUCACCGGAAAGUCAGACAAAGGGCUAAAGAUGCAGCAUCAAAAGCAAGGAGACUUUCCUGGAAAGAAGCUGAGAAGCUGUGGGAGCUGCUCUCUGUCAUGAGAAGCCAGGGCUGGCUUCCUCAGGAGGGGAGUGUGCGGCAGCUCCUGUGUGCAGAUCCCUACUGCCAAACCUGCAAUGCCAUGGCUCUGGAGAUUCAGCAGUUGGUGGUGGGUGAGAACACCUUGGUCUCUCCCACUUCAACCCGGCCAUCGCAGGGCUCUUCUUGUCUAGAGAUUUUGUCCACAUCUAAUGUGUCUUUUGAGCAGAGUCUGGAGCAUCGUUCCCCACACUUCGAAGGCCUUUCACUUCCAUCUGCAACCCUCACAGUGUCACAGAAAUCCUUAACCCAGUCAGCUGCCCAGUCAGCUGGUGUGGUCAGCAUCCAUGAUUACUCGGCUGAACACCUCAAGCUAAGGCAGGGUUUUCAAGGGCCAGAGGUACCCAGGGGCCCAGAGACUAUGUUUUCAUCAAGGAUUGAGGAACCUGUGGUUUCCGUGAACCUGCAGGAGAUGAUGCAGAACAACCCCAGCCUUGUCUGUGGAAACCAAGGCCAACAGCCUAUGAAUUCUCAGGUCUCUCUGCUGACCCUGAACCAAGAAAUCACUACCCUGACACAUCCUAUGGCCUUGCAAAUGGUAACUGUCCUUGCUGCCCACCUGCCAUUCCUCAAUCCUGAAGUCCUGAGGCUUCUUGAGGUACAUGUUAAAAAAUGGAUGCAUUUCCAGAGGUGGGGGCUCCCCAGACGUGUGGAAGAGUCCCUGAGGCAGUUUAUGCCAAAUCCGCCAUUAUCUUACCAACCUGUACAUAAUCAACCAGUUUCUCAGUUCUCUGUUGAGACGUUUGGAAACAUUUCAUACCAGAACUGGGGUUCAUGUAUGGCAGGCCAACCUACUCAGGCCUUCUGGGUUUCUGAAUGGUCCAUUAUAGACCCAGAACAAAGACACUACUACCAGCAAGCCCCGAACCAUAUGGCUCUAGCCUUGUCCUCUCCAGCCCUUAAAGAAUUAAGUGGCCUCUAUCUAAUGCCUGGGAAACAGUCUAAUGAUUCAGUGGCCCAUGUGCAGCAGGAAUACAGCCAGCUAUUCUGUGGCCUCCCUUCACUGCACAGCGAGUCCUUGGUUAACACCUUCUUGGGUUCUCAAGGCCUCUCCAUGAAUGAGAGCAUGUCCAAACCCCCUUUGAAUGAUCCUUUUCUCUUCAAGGAUCUCUCCUUCCUCCCUCUGCUGCCUAAAAAUCCACCCCAAUCAGCUCCGCCCUCUACUCUGACUUCCCAAAAUUGGAUUGCUCCAUCUGACCACCAGAAAGCUCAGAUCAAUGUCCCGUUCCUGACUCUGGACGAGUGUGAGGCCUUGGAGUGGCACCUGCUGCAGAGGCAGCUCCAGCUUCAGUGGGGCUCGCCAGGUGGUUUCCAGAGAGAUCAGCAUGCCCAGAGCCCCGUGCAGUAUAAGACCUGUGACAAUGCCCAGCCUUCUGAGACUGUGAAGACUUCUUGGCCAGGGCAGCCCGUCUCAGUCUUCACAAGGAAACUACUCUUCCCACAGCAUGCCAGGAGGCUGCUGGAUUUCCACCUCCAGAGGCAGUUGAUUCACCAUCGCUGGGGCCUGCCCCAGAAGAUCCAGCAGUCCAUCCAGUUGCUCCUGUCCCCCGCUGACCAGCAGACUAUGUCCUGGAGCAGCACAGCACUAGACAGUGUGAAUAUCCCCCAACUUACAGCUCUAGAGGCCACUGGGGCUGAAGAUCCAUUCUCACCCCCUGUGGACCCAGUGUCAGUCCCUAGGCCACACAUGUUUGACCAGGCCAAGGCAAUACUGCAGAGCCACAUCGACUCCAAAUGUGGGCAGAUUCACCAGUGCAAUGUCCCUGCCUAUGUAUGUAACUCUUGGGAGUGCAUAAUUCCUGGGGGCCUGGAAGUGGCUCCCUUCACCUGCAUCCCAGAAAGCAAGCCCCUGGAACUGCCAGCUGCCGCUGACCCGGACCUACAACAGAAAGUUAUGCCCUUGAUGCCAGCAGCCCUUGAUCAGCAGCAACAGGCCUCACCUGUUGUCAUUGAACAUUCUAAGCUGCCCCGAAAGCUGUCCGAGGGAGCCAUUGAGAAACUGGAGACAACUUUACGGCACAAGUAUCUGGCCUUCUUGUCAGGGCUGCCCACUCUUUAUUAUGUGGCUCUCUCCAGGGCCAUGGCCCCAGCAAUCACUUGCCAAGCUAUGAUCACAGAGACGGUGCCUGGGCCUGUCCAAUUCCCAACAGAACCUCUAACUGAGAUGACCUCACCUGAAGAGCAGAGUCUAAGUCCUAGGCCAGGCUUUCAAGAUGCCAAUGAGGCUUGUGCAGACAUUGCAGAUGAAUUCCAGGCUGACAUGCAGGUGGAAGGAAUAAUCGAGAUAGUGCCACCAGAAAGCCAGACAGAGCCUGCGAGGACCUACUUAUUCAGGGAACCUGUCUUGGCCAAACUAAAUUUCCAUCUGAGAAAGAAGAUCCUCGAGAUACAACUGGGAAUUCCCUUAAAGGCAAGGGAGUCCAGGGAACAAAUGGUAGCAAUCCCGGAGAACAUAUGCACACAGGAGUCUCCUGGGAGUCUGAACCACCAAGGAGAAGCACUGCUCCAGGAACUCCCAAUCCCACCAGAUACACCAUGUGCCCCAGAUCCAGAAUGGCUCCGCUUCAAAGAACAGCUGGCCACUGAGUUGAAGGCAGUGCAUCAGAAACAGAAGCAACUCGGUUCCAGUACAGUACCCCAUGGUUCUGUCCACUGGGCCUCCAAAAUCUCCCAACCCAGUGGGAACAUGACAGAGGCCCAGGUGCUUUGUGUUCAGCUGGAGGCCAGUGUGAACAACCCCAGCCUGGAGGAGCCCUGUAGCCCCAAGCCCCAAAGCCCUGACAAGAGCAAGGACUCAGCCCAAGUACCCACACUGGCAGAAAAGAAAGAGAAGCCAAGCAAACCCAAAUCGGCCGGGGACCAUGGAGAAGGGGAUGCCGGGCUUGCGUUCUCCUCCACAAGAGAAAAAAGCCGCUCUGCUGAAGCCCAGAGACCAGAAGGGGUGCUUCUGAACAGGACACCCCGCAGCCCCUGGCAACGGAGACAUCGCUUUCACCUUGGUGCUCCCUGUCAACACAGUCCCCAGCAUCGCCCCCAGCCUAAACUCCCAGAACUAUCUCCUGGAGUCCCCCGGGGGAAAGACUCUGAGAAGAAUGACCUGAAAGACAGCCAAGCCAAGGGCAAAGUCAUCCGCAAGCCAGCAAGGGUUCCUGAGAAUGCCCAGCCCGUGGUGACCCACAGGUCACGGGGCCAGCCUUUCCUGGGCCAACUCACUCCAGGGAAGCCAUUGCAAGGACAAACUUUACAAGGUUGGGUUUUGCAGGGGCAGGUGAUGCCAGGCCCUACUCACAAGAGGCCCAGCCUUCCAGAAUCUGGCCUGAGAAAUAAGAUGAAAUCUUUUCUGCACUGUUUUAACCCCAAGACAAAAGGCAAAGGGCAUAAAGAAUCCAUGUCCUCCACAUCUGAGAAAGUGGCCAACAUGAGAAAAGAAAAUGUAGAAAAGAGCCUGGCUCCAGGCAAAAGUCCCAAGGGACGAACUAAGACAGAGAAGAUGAGAGGAGACCCCAAGGCACAAUUCUCCCCUGCUGAUAAGCAGGUGGGCCUGGCCUUCUUGGAUGUUCCCCAUUCCCCAGACAGUAAGCUCCGGCACCGCUCCCAUUCCCAUCAGCCCCACUCAGCCUCAGUCCUGGGCACUCCUCGCCACUGCCCUCGACACUGUCCUCGAGUGGCUUGUGUCACCCAACCAGGGAACCCACCCUAACUCUCAACUCUCAGCUCGUAGGGAAGCACUGGUCUGUUCAAGAAGACCCAGUGCAAUCAAGACUUUGUAGUCUUCCCAAUGUUGGCAUCCCUUGUGGAGGAUGCUAUGGCCAUUUUCAUUACUGUACAGGUGGGCAGAGCGCCACCCAAAAUACACUCUAUAUCUCUCAGCAGAGAGUUGUCUGUCUUCUUCUCUUCAUUGUGAUGUGUUCAGGGAAGGCAUAAGGGAGGCAUAAAUGUCCUUCCAAUCUAGGGAAGAAGCUUUAACCCACACUUAAGCUGGGUCAGCAUUCCACACAACACACACGCACACACACACACACUCACUCACUCACUCACUCACUCACUCACUGAACUGUGAAUAAAGGGACUUGAGCAGAGAAGGAAGGCCCUUGUCUAAGGUGCACUGAAGGUAAAAGUUAGGCUUGAAUUCUGUUAUGAUGUCCUUGGGCCCAGGGGAGCAAUGUGGACGUGAGGAUAGUACUGCCAAGAAGGAGUGGCCAGGAAUCCCACAGGCAAAAUUCACUGGUGACAUCUAUAUAUGCCCACAAUUUGGAGGGGAGGUUUUUAGGGGAGUGCCAACCUUGAGAAGGUGCUUUGUGUCUAUCAACAGCAUAUAGCUAAUAUGACAAAUGUCAAAGCAAAUGAUGGAAUCUCCUCUCUCAGCUCUCUGUUGGCUAUUGGUUAGAUCUUUCUGGACAACUCACCUGGGAGGCUGCUGUAGCUUUUUUGCCUAUAUGCCACCUCCACUGCCCAUCAGCUGCUGCAUGGAGUGAAUGACACCUAGAAUGAAGAUCAAAGUAGACAGUAGACAUGGAGAGGAGCUGGUCCCCCACACCCAAGGGUAGGCAGGGAGAGAAGCAGGGAGGGAGAGCAUGUAGAUGGGGGUCUGAGUACCAGGGAUAAAAGCUGAUGUGUCCCUGAAGAGGGCAUGAUAAGAGAAAAGGCUGGUUUGUUAUGUACUCAAAAGAAUCUUGAGCCAGGAAGCCGCACAAUACCCAAGUGCUUUCAGGGAGUGGAGGUGAAUAAACUGAGUUUCAAUCUGUUACCUAUACUGUGAUGAGGAGUGGUGACUUGAGCCUCCUUUUGUCCAAAGGCAAUGCAAAUUAAUUCAAAAUUCCUGAACACUCACCCUCCACCCCACAAAACUGUUUCCUAAUGUCAUGGAUUGGUAUAACUAUAAAUCCAUGGUUUUGCUCAGCCCAAACAUGAAGUUAGGCACUGUGUUCUAAUCUUGAUAUAUCUCAACU